AUGGUGUGUGUCCAUUCUGGGUAAGAGCGAUGAUAGGAUUACUUUGCUUUCCGGGUAUUUUUCAUUUAUUAGAUUGAUUACUUCUGAUGUUUUUUGAACAAUGACAUUAUAAUCAUGACAUUUUUCUAAGUCAUUUGUACCACAGUGCAAAAUAAAUGUUUUUGGUGUAUUAAAGGUAGCUUCGUUUAUGAUGUCUUUUGCUUUUUCGAGUAUGGGACAUCUUAUGUAAGAGGUAGUUGAGCGUGGGCAAAGGCGAUUGGUGUCUAGAAGAUGCCGAUUCGAAUCACAAAGGAUGAUGGUUUCACUGUUGUAUUCUUUGGGAAGGAUUGUUUGUUGUGGAUCUAGAAAUGUACAUGAGCGAUCUUACGACCUGUUUUGCAAAGAAGUAAUUGAAGAAAAAAUAUUGGGAAAACACAAGGUUUACUACAUAACUACAUUAUGUGACAAAUUUCUGUCUUAUCUUUCAAAGGAACAGGCAAGUGAAUUAAUCUAUCGCACAUCCAAACUGAAAAUUAAGUUGCAACGACACUACCCACAGUUAGUAUUUUUCUCACCCAGUCGACAAAACAAAAGUGAGCUUGUUUACUGUGAAUAUAUCGAAACUGGUGAGGUGCUAGAGAAAAUGGAAUUUGAAAGUGUAAAUUGUGAGUCGGCAUCAGAUUUGGAACCUGACGACGAAGUCGAAGAAAUGACUGGAGAGAUGCCUCAAGAGGUUUUGCAAGGAAAUGAUGAACUUGCAAAGUUGUAUGGGAUAGCUUUACUAUUGCAAUCUUGCAUACAAGAAACUGCAACGUUCCCAAGAAUUUGGCCACCAACUUCGGUAGACAUUUCCAAUGAUGCAGCGAAAGAUAUCACUCCAAUUGUGCUAUUUAAUUUUAUCGCUUGGGUCAAGAAUAAAUCAAACGAACCUACUCUCGAUAGUUUUGUACGGUUGCAAAAGAGUGAAGAGAGAAAAGUACUUUCGGUUACACAAGAUAUGAUUUAUAGCACCCAUAACGGACGGAAGCGUACGCCAAAAUCUGUUGCACUCAGCAUGGCUGUUUGACAAAUAUCUGGUUGUUCCAGCAUCAUAGAAGACGAUGUCAUUCCCAACGUGAAUGUUCCAAAAAGUCAAGCAAAAUCUCUUCCUGCGUCUCACUCCGAAAUUUUGCCCUACGUCAUUGGCAAAAAGAAGUCUACUAACCUGAAAUCCAUCUGCUGCUCGUCCGAUCUAGAAGAAAAAGUAUAUGUUGCUGUGCAACAGUUUGCUAAAAAUACGAUUUUGCGUACUCUCUUAUCAAAAUGCAUUAUUGGACGGGUUCAACACAUUGUUAGCUGAAGACAAAAUCCCACGUGUUUCAAAGAUUGGUUAUUUGCCAGUCAUUGAUGCCUCACCAACAGAGUACUCUACCGUGCACACCGUUUUGAGUAAGAGUAAAGAUAUAGCAUCACAGUUCGGGAUGGAUUACUUGGUGUUAGUAUUUGACGAGGCAAUCUACUCCAAAGCACAGAAUAUCAGAUGGAAGAACCCAGGGUUUAUGGAGAAAUUUAUAAUUCGUAUGGGGGAUUUCCACGCAAUGUCAUUUUGUGGUGCAAUUGGCAAGCUUUUCAGAGAUGCAGGUCUUCAGGUAAAUAAUUUUUGUUAUGAUAGAACGAAAAAAGGAUUAGACAAUUUUUUUUAGUUUUCUUGCAAAAAAUUGACAGUGUGCAUUUCCCUAUUACACCAGAAAGAGACUAGAAAAGCAUACAUCCAAUGCUUCGAGGCGGUCUGUCAGCGUUUCAGACAAUUCUGUAUAGAGGAUGUGUCACCAAAUAGUACACUCCCAAAUUAAUCUAUACUUGUUUGUUUAGGACAUAUUGAUUGAAUCGAGCAUUGUUGGUACAGGAUCUGUAAACAGAGUGAUGAACGGCAAGUUUUACAACGGAAGCACCGAAUGUCACAAAAUAAUGCAUUAGGCAUUGGAAAGAAUUAGAUUCCAGGUGUUCAUGGAUUCGCUGUCUCCAGAGAAAUGCAAAGAUAUAGAAGAUCAAAUAUCAAUACUGAAAGAUUCGUUUCCAGGUCAUGACUUCGAGAAUCUGCUUGAAAGAUCAGCUUUUCAUGAUAUCAUGAUGCAGUAUGGCAUGUUCAUUGAAGCACAAAAGCAAACAUGUCCAGCAUUCUCACUCUAGAGUUCUUACAUUGAUAGUUCAGGUAUGGAACUAUCACAGGGACUCUGCAUAACGUAGUAAAUACAUACACAGUUAUAAUUAUCUAAACUAGAGCUUCAGUAUACAAGGUAUAUUAUCUAUGCUACUUGAGUUGUUAAGUCAGACCUUUAUUUUUUGCAAAGCUUUGAUUAUGAAGUUUAUCCGUGCAACAAGAGAAAGUGAUUGGCUACUUCAUUUGUCAAUGCUGAGAUCGAUGCUUCCAUGGUUUUUUGCCGCUGAUCAAGUUAACUACUCAAGAUAUACAUCAGUCUACUGGCUUGAGAUGAAUGCUUUGGAAGAAACACAUCCAAGUAAGAAAUAAUUAUAAGUAAGUGUUAAUCCUAGUUUCCAUUCGGCCAAAUACAACCAUAUAUUAUGUAUUUUGUAGUCGGACUGAAUUUUACAAUUUGAUCUAAUAGGGUAUUUUUAUGUACUGUUAAUCCCAUAUCUGGUGUCCAAGUACUAAACAAAACAAAAAAAUACAUUCAUUAUUCGCUCUGUUGAACGUCGGAAGUUUGAAGUAAGACACCAAGAUGGCUGCUGUGACGUCAAAUGAAAACACCCUAUAUUGUGUGUUGUGCAUUUAUUCUUGAUUAGGUGCAGCUGAAAACCUGAAACGACAUUGGACAGUUAAGAGACAACAGUGGUAUGGUUUCUCUUCCAUUGCUUGUCACCAAGCCAUAGAGCAGACAGCAAACAGAGAUUCCAAAACAAAAGGAGGAUUGAUUGGCUUACCCUUAACAAAGGAGCUGUUAAUAGGUGGAUACUUUCCCAGUCAGAAUGGUCCGUGAUCACACGGCAGUGUCAAAUAAUGGCUGGUGCUGUUGAUAAUGAAAGGUAUAAAGCAUUUAAAUUAGAAAAAACUAAAUGUUUUUAAAACUGCAUUUCAGUGCAAUCAGAUGUUCAGAAUUUUUUUGUCUGGUAAAUGCUCUUCAUUAAUUGUUUUUGAAUUAUUUUGUUCCUUAAUUUAACGAUGCUUUUUAAUGGUUCUCGUAGGCAACGUAAGAACUUAGAUGAAACUCACAAACAAAAUUAUGAAAAAGAAGUCAAAAGCGUCAUCAGCACGAUUGAAAGCAUGGUGAACCCGUUUGAGAAGGAACAGACAAACCUCAUUCAUCUCGCGAGCGGUGUCAUAGUGCCAUGUGCCGUUCAACAUGAUCUACUUUGUGCAAAGUCUCUUGCAGAAAAACGCUUCAUGCAAUUUGUUGGAGAAAACCUCCUUAGUGAACACCAGAUCUAUUUGAUACAAUAAAGAAGCUAUUCGCUCGGUCCGUAUCCUUUGAGUCUUGCCACUGUAGAUGGUAACCCAACAAAAACUGUAGAGGCAAAUUUGAUGCACAUGCUGGAAGAAAUGUCAUCGGUAUGCACAAAUCAUUUUCUUCCCUGCAACAGCACUAUUACAAUAGUUACUACAAAGUCUGACAAGAAUUCCCAAGACUUUUUUGGUGAACUAGCUGCUCAUGUUUUAUCACGGUUGUUGUCUCUUGCGGGGUUUCACAAAGCUUCACGGAUAGACUUUGUUGCAGACCGUUACCCAGAUCAUAGCAUUAAGGCUAAUGAGAGAAGUAGAAGAGCUGCCCAAGGAAGCACUCUGGUUAAUAUAUAUGGAAAGAGUCAGCCAACACCUACGCAAUGGAAGAAGUAUCUCAACAGUGGUAAAAACAAAGAAGCUAUCAUCUCUUUUCUGAUCAACUGUUGGAAAAACUUAAAGUCAGAUGAUUUGACGGGAUUCAUUUUGUACGCUACACAGGGAGAUAAGUGCUUCAAAAUUUCUCCCACAAGUCAAUCUACAAUUGUUGAGACAAUAGAAGUCGUAGAGUUACAGUGUGAUCACGAAGGAGCAGAUACCUGUUUGCUGCUUCAUGCAAAACAUGCAUGCGACAAUGAUUUUUCUGUUGUGGCUAUCAAAAGUCCAGAUACUGGUGUGUUUCUUCUUAUGGUCAUGAUGAAACAGAAUUUCAGUGCCGAUCUACACUUCAUCACCGGAAAUCAGAAUCAAUCAAAGAUCAUUUCAGUGAACGAAGUGUGCGACAAAAUAGGCAGUGAGACAUGUAACUUGAUUGUUGGGUUCCAUGUGUUAACAGGUUGCGACUCUGUCAGUUCCUUCUAUGGUAAAGGGAAAAGAAAAGCCUGGAAAGUUUUGUCUGAAAAUCCAAAAGGCAAAUAUGCAUUUAGAAUACUUGGAAAUGAAGUUGACCCUACCGAGGAUUUGUAUGAAAUAUUGGUGGAAUUUGUCUGCGCUUUGUAUGGCCAUAAAGAUAUGACGUGUGUAAACGAAGUGCGGUACUCUAUGUUUUGGCUGGGGAGCUUUUCUGAUGAAUGUCUGCCACCAACCUAAAGAAGCACAUCCAAUGAGCCAAUUAUCAAGCGUUUAUCUGGAAACGAUGUUUACUUACUUUGAUUGUGGCACCAAGUCCAGUGGAAAGAGGUUGGGAAUUGAAAGAUGAAAAAUUAACAAUUCAUUGGAUGACCAGCAAUGUGGCCCCAGAUCAACUAUUGGAGUUUGUAAAUUGUGGAUGUAAGAAAGGGUGCAGUACACAAAGGUGUUCUUGUUCAAAAGCAGGACUACAGUGCACAGAACUGUGUAAAUGCCAGAGCUGCGGAAAUACAGUACCUGAUAAUAAUUCAGACGACGAAGAAUACUUGUACGACGAUUUCACUGAAUACUUAGCAUCGGACGUGGAAAGUGAGGACGUUUAA